GAAAAAUGAAGUGAAUGCUUUUAUUUCUCUGGGAUUUUAACAGAAUCACCUGUCAUUGAAGGAAACAGGAGUGAAGAGUGUGAAAGAAAAGAGUGAAAAUCUCUUCAUCACUUCAUCAGCAGCAACAACAUCAGCAUCUGUUCACCAGAAUGGACAGCCAGGUGGUGGGACGUUUACUGGAUGACUGCCUGAAUGCACUGGCUAAGCAGCCUGACCAGCCCACUGAAACCCAGAGACUGAGCUUCUACAGCUGCAGAGAGGGACUAUGUGCAGAACUGGCCUCUCUUCUGCAAGAGGCAAUAGAAAUGAAGUGGCCUUUUGUGCCAGAGAAGUGGCAGUACAAGCAGGCAGUUGGUGCCAAUGACAAAACCAACCUGAGUGACCUUAUAAGACAGCACCUUCCUCAGUUACUGGCCUUUCUAAAAGCUACCAUUGUGGCUCAGGAGGCGCGCUCAGCUCUGUCAGUUGCUUUCUUAAUGGACCGUUUCCUUUACUGGACAGAUGAGUCCACCCGACUGCUGAAGAUCACCAAGCUGCUUCACGCACACCACCGUGACAUUCCUGUAGCCCCUCAGCUGGUCAUUCGACAGGCCAGGGUCUAUCUGAACUCUGGCAAGCUGGAGAAGGCCGAAUACAUACUCAGUAAUCUCAUUAACAACAGUGGAGAUAUAGGUUGCUGGGUGUAUCAGUCUGACAGUGACAGGGCUCUGGUGCAGGCUGUUAGUGUUCAAGUGCGAGGAAUGAUUUUACAAAAGCUGGGCCUGUGGCUGGAGGCUGCUGAGCUGAUCUGGGCUUCUUUGGUGGGUUACUACGCACUUCCUCAACCUGAUAAAAAGGGUAUUGGAACCUCUCUUGGCUUAUUAGCGAACAUACUGGUGUCUAUGAAUGAUGACGAUUUCCAUGCUUUUAAAACUAAUCCAGAUAUUGAUUUGUCUUUACUUGGGGAUGGCAGUCAUCGUCUCCUUUCAGCGGCUCAAGCAGCUAAGAUGGCAGUAGUAUACAGCCAGUACACUUCCCUUUAUGUGCUGACCAAUGUGGUGACUCAGGGCACCUGCUUGGUAUCGUACAGCUUCUCAGUGAAGUGUCCCACUUCUCAAAGGCAGUCCUUCCUCCUUCAGGCUAAAGAGGCCUUUGAGAUUGGCCUCCUCACCAAAGCGGAAGGUGAACUUGUCACCAGCAAACAGGAGCUUCACACCUUCCUCAAAGCUGCCUAUUCCCUCACCGUCGUUCACAAAUGGCUCCGCACUCGUAAGGCCAUGGAGCAGGCAAAAGAAGCCUGCCAGAUAGCUCUUGGACUCUUUUAUGAUUACUGCCAUGCAGAGAAUCAAGAUAAAGACAGCAUGUGUACUCAAAUCAUGAACCUCAUUGGUCAGGUGAAGCUUCUCUUAGGAGUAGAGCCUUUUCUGAAUUCAGACACUGGGUCUUUUAUCCCUGACAGCUACAGAAGCAUCCAAGACACACCAGUUACUUUCACUCUGGAGGGUUUCACCAAAGUAAUGCAAAGAUUCCAAAAGUAUCAUGAGUCCUUGUGUGAGACCACUUCCAAACGCUGUAAGGGGGCUGAAGAGGAGACCGAUGGAAGGAGGCUUUGUAUAACAUCACUUGGAACAACCAUGGGUUAUCAAGACACAGACUGUGAUACUAAACCUUGUGAAGGGCCAAAAAACACAUCCAGUGAAGAGAUGCCUCAGAAGACAGGUUCUCAAUCAUCUUGUGCUCAUUCAUGUCAAAAGUCUGACCUGGGGAGCACUGAUGAGCUUGGAUCUUCAUGGCAGAAAGUCUCCUUAAGCGGUUCAAGGUCUCCUCAGCCUAGCAGCAGUGGCUACACAGGCAGUGGUGAUGCUGCUGUUGAACAUGUUAGCACCCACAGCCUUCUGACCACUGAGGAUGACAAUGAAAGGUCAGACAGUGAGCUACACUGUGCAGAUAAAAACAAGAAGCGAGACUUGCUUGUUUGUAAUCCUGGUGUGAGUUCCUCUACUGUCCCAAGAUCUGCAACACCUGUUACUUCCCCUUCCAAUGCAAGCAGUGAUUCAGAAAAAUUUGAACUGAUAGAAGCUGCAAUAGAAACACUCGGGAGUGAGGAGGAUUGUAUCGCUGAUGUUGGUGCUGUGGCUUUCAACCAGACAAAAGCAGAAGGAGCAGUACAGUCCUUAUCCCAGCUUACUCUGAGAACAUCCUCCAGCUCCCUUGGUGACAGUUUUAGUUCCCAGUCAUCAUGGGAGAAAAUCUCAGCUGACCAAAUCUCCCCGACAGUUAGAAAGCCACAGACUGUUAGUCUACCAAAAGCAGGAAGCAGCGAGUCAUCAGAGUCCAGUGGGAGCUUCUUCCUUAUGGACACACUUGACUCUGAAUAUGCUGAUUCAGCUCAGGAUCCCAUGUACAAUAACCACACAACUGCAUGUGAACAAAAUGCUGCAACCAAGCCUCAACAUCUGGACCAGAAUGUGGACAGUGAAAAACACGCUGUAACUGAAAACCAUGCUAUCAAGAACACGUACAUACUCCCACAGCCAAACCCAGAACAAUGUGCUUCUACUGACAGAUCCUCAGAGAGUUCAUUUGAGAUGGUGAUGGAAAAUCAUAGUGAACCCUCACGCAAUGAAGGCACUCAGACUAAAGAUGCAAGGAACCCUCAGUGCUACAGCUGCCUUAUGCAUAGCUUUGUGGAUAGUAGAGCUCUAGAGAAACAGUAUUUUCUUGAAGAGCAGGACUACCAUGCCCUCUUGGCUGGGGUUUGUCAUGAGUGUUUGCUGAAGAGGUUGAACAGUGACAAGACACAGUUUAAAGUCAAAACACACAGAACUGCCCACAAUGCCCUUCAUCUGAAGUUCUCCAAGGCCACAGGACUAUGGACAGCCAGGGAGACCUGUGUGUAUAUCGGAGAGCCAAUGAAUAAGGAAGGCACUCAGAGAACGGCAAUAUGGGUACAGUUUUUACAUCAGGAGGAGAGAUUAAGCUGCUAUGUCGGGAAAGACUACAAGAACCCAAAGGAGAUCCAGUUCCACCUGAAAGAUGUAGAGAGACAGAUGACGGCCCAGUACUAUGUGACUGAAUUCAACAAGAGUCUGUAUGACAAAGAGGUCAUGGCUCAGAUCUUCUUCAUUCCAUCAGAAGCACUAUUGAUCCUGCAGGGAAAUAAGAUAGUGGGCUGUGUGACAGUGGAGCCCUACAUGCUGGGAGACUUUGUCAAACUGACCAACAACACUAUAAAGAAAGACAUGAGGUUUCAGGCUACGAAAUAUGGCCUGGCCUUUGGACAUUUCACCUAUCUGUUCUCUGACUGCCAGGAAGUUGUUGUAGACCUCCAAGGCUGGGUCACAGCUAAUGGCAAAGGACUGACCUACUUGACUGAUCCUCAGAUUCAUUCUAUCAAGACCCCCAAGGGCCCCUCUAACUUUGCUGAUAGAGGCCUGAGGGACUUUUUGAAACAGCAACAUGGACCAGAGUGUAAUGACAUUUGUGAUCAUCUCGGACUACCUCCACUGGCCAGAGAGCCUCAAGUUAUUCCUUGGAUGUUUUAAGUUAACAAUAAAUGUACAAUUAUGUUCAGUCUAUUAAGGUGAUACUUUUUAUUUCAAAGCCUUUAAAUGAGUUUAAUGCACUGACGAAUCCAGAAACAGAAAAAUACGCUACAACUAAUGACCAAUGGAUGAUCACUGCUGUAAAUGUCUAUUGCUGCUGCUUAAUAAUUAAACUUGCUUAUGGUGUUUAUUAUAGAGCAGUUUAUAGGUUGGUGUUUUUUUCUUCACACAGUGAACACUCAUGGUUCAAGGAAGGUUGAGGGACCAUAAAGAGUGGAGGAAAAAACACAUUAUUUUCUUAAAGCUCGUAGAAAUUAACAUUUUUGUUAAAAAGUGAAAGUAAAUACAUAACAUACACAAUAUAUUGUUAAUAAAAUGAUAUGACUGCAAAAUGUUUUGUUGUUAGUUACUGUUCCUGCAUGAGAUGAUCGGAUUGCUGUCUGACUGGCUGAGCAGCAUAUGAAGCACCUGAGACAGUGAAUAAAGUAGAACAUGUAGAAUUUUCCCUCCAUCAGGACAAUGUAGAUCUGAUGAGCUAUGGCCUAUUCUGUUUUCACCCCUUUAUUGUCUCCUUUACUUUGUUACAAUCAAGUAACAUGGGAAAAAGGAGCACAUCCAAAUGUAAGUCAAAGCAUGAAUAUAAUCACUCUUAUCAAAUGUAGUCUAUUUGUGAGUGACGUGAUAUAAAUGAACAAAAUACAGAAAUGUACAAAAGCUGCACAUUGAAAUUUGGACACAAAAUCCACUGUUGCCCAUA